AUGGUAGCGAAACAAAGCAUUGUCCUUUGGACACAGCGACGAACGCAGCCUGACUGCUUAUCCGUGUCGACUUCAUAUUGGAUCCCUGGAAUCCAUGCAUGGAAGUUGCAAGUUGCACUCCCCUUUAUACGUCUGCCCAGUGAAUUCACUGGGCAACGGACACACUGUCAUUUUUCUACGAAUCCGAACCGCCUUCUCGCUGCCCCAGCUCCCUGUCCUUCCGUUUUUAACGUAGGGACAGGGAGCUGA